AUGCAUCGGGAAGAUCAUUUUUACCCCUCACAUGUUUUUAAAGACUCCUGUGCGUACCAGAGGCCCCAAGGGGCUGAGUACAACAGCAGCCCACCGCCCUGCCUUUACAUGAACAGACAUGGACACUCAGUGUACACACCUCCGUCUAUGGGAGGCUUGGAGCAGGCCAGUAUGCCGACGGGAUCACCUUCUUUCUCCGCACCGCUCCGAGAUGAGGCAGCGCCUCAGCUCCACCACCCACAGGUGCUCCAACAGCAACCUCAGCAGGCUCCCGCCGCCUUCACAGAACCCAUGGAUCAAUGUAGGUACCAGUUCCCCUUUCCCUGGAUGAAGACCACCAAGUCUCAUGCACAUACAUGGAGGGGCCAAUGGGCAGGGCCCUAUGUAAUGGGGGAGACCGAGGAGAAUAAGCGCACGCGGACAGCGUACACACGGGCACAGCUGCUGGAGCUCGAGAAAGAAUUCCUCUUCAACCGCUACAUCUCCAGGCCUCGGCGCGUGGAACUGGCCCUGACUCUGAGCCUCACAGAGCGCCACAUCAAGAUCUGGUUUCAGAACCGACGUAUGAAAUGGAAAAAGGAGGAGGAUCGUCGUCGGGCUCGGGGUGCAGACCAGGAUUCCUCCAUCUCAUCCGGAGACCAGACUGGAGGAGCCAUCUCCUCCAGUGGACCUCAGAGGCCCACAUCCCCUGUCUCAACGGAGGGGCUCACUGUUGUUACCACGGCAUAG